AAUCGUUAUGACAUUAUUUUGAGAUGUCAUUUUCACAGUUAAAGCGGUUACAAUAGAAGUUUUUCACUUUCGUGAUCUCUACCGAGCUCGUGACAAAAUUCCAGGAAUUAACUAUCGCUUGUCUUCUUCAAAGUGAUUUAAACCUGACCUAAAAAUUGAUGGAUCUAUUCUCUGCCAAGCAACAUAAUAUUAUAUUAAGCUAUUUGCAUACGCAUUAAACCAGUUUGAGGUGCUGUUAUAAAGUAAGAGGUUGACAGAACCAGAGAACAGUGCAUCUUAUCACUUGGCAAGAUGAGGUGCUUUGAAAUGAAGGUUCGACCCUGCUCUUCUCUUUCAAUUUUGCUGUUCUUCGCUACCUGGGUAAAUAUCACUUUUACAGCAAAAGGGAUUUCUUUUCAAUCUGGCAAGUCCAACGUGUCACAAACGUUUCAAGACUGGAGCUGUGGCAAUGGCUGUUUGCCUAAUCCACAUUGCCGCUUACCACGCUGCCAAAACAUUGCAUUUCCUGAGCCAUUUAGUAAAUCGGGAAAGGUCCAAGUUCACGUGUCACUGAGCCAUGGUGAGGAGUUUACACGAGUUCAUUCUCCUUCCGCUAUGUGGGUUCAGUCAAUGACGACACGUGGGUUCAAGGUGUGUACACGUGAGACAGGCUUUGGGACAAAUGGAACUGGAGUCGUAAACUGGUUGGCAUUCCAAAGCCAUCCACAAAUAAUACAAGGAAGUGUUACUAUUGAUGGAGUUUGGACAACACAAAGCAAGUGCAACAAAGUGGCGUUCAAGCAGAGCUUUAGUGGAAGGCCAUCUGUGUUUGUCUCCGCUAGGUACACACGUGACACAAAACCUGAUGACGCGAUGUGGGUUUGGCUUGAGAACGUGAAUUCUGUAGGUUUCGACGUUUGUGUCCGAGAAUUCUCGCCAUUUGAUGGACAGCACCAAGACACAAUUGUGGACUGGUUUGCUUUCCUUGGAAAUGGCUCUGAUUUUAAUUUCACGUUGGCAGGAGAAGCAGUUUUCCCUAACAGUGGCGCUCCAACUGCUGACAACAACUAUGGAUUCUGCCAACAAGUGGACUUCAACACCACUUUUUAUUCAUCACCUGCUGUCCUCGUAUCUGUCCAUCACUAUUACAAUCGCCAAGUGAAUCAUCUUAUUCCACAAGAAAACAACAUAAUCACUGCUUGGGUGGAGGAAGUUGAUCUCACAUCUAUGAGGAUUUGCGUCAAAGACAUGAGUGGAACAGGAAGGCAACACGAUCCUCUGUCUGUUAGCUACGUUGUGAUUGGAGAUCUCAAUCCUUGCCUUAACGUGCAUUGUCCAUCAUUUGGAGUCUGUAAGACCUAUGGUGCUCAUGACGCUCGCUGUGUGUGUUACGAAGACUGCCCCUCUUAUCAGGAUCCUGUGUGCACUGCGAAUGGAACAACAUACGACAACAGAUGUUGGCACCAGUUAAGCUACUGCAGGGGACUGGAAAACAAUCUAGUUUACCAUCCUGGAAGCUGCGAAGGUUUCCCACUUGCCCGCGAUAGAGUGAAACUGGAGGUCCCAAAAUGGUCCGAUUCAAGCUGCAAAACAGUUGUGUUCCCGCCAUAUCGAUUCUAUCCUGACAGAAAAGUCCACGUCCAAAUUACUGUGAGUCACUUUUAUUUAAAUGACUCCGAGACUGUCCAUGACGCUAUUACCACGUGGACUGAAGAUGUUAACACGGUGAACUUCACAGUUUGUGCGAUGCAGGCUGGAAGGACUACAAAGAACUUUAAUCCUUAUGCCACUGUGGACUGGGUGGCAUACCAGGGAGCUCCGGCUCAAGGAAUGGCGGGUGUGGUCAAGAUACAAAAGUGGUGGUCUGGAACAAAUUGCGCAGAUGUGACUUUUCCCAAGGACAAGUUUAAGGAGGAUCCCGUGGUUCUUGUGACAUCAGAACAUCUAAGGACUGGUUACGUUUUCUUAAAUCCAGGACAAGUUUAAGGAGGAUCCCGUGGUUCUUGUGACAUCAGAACAUCUAAGGACUGGUAAAGAGUAUGAUGCCGCUCUUAUCUGGACUGAGGAUGCCACAAAGGAC